AUGUUCUCCACCAUUCGGACCUGGCUUUUUGUGGCCUUACGCCUCCUCAAGUUGAAACACACCCGGAGCAAAUGGGAGAAGGUCCUCAAGAAAGCAAAGACCCCUAAGGACUACGAAAGCUUCCUCCUCUCAGACCUGGACAGCCGCGCCAAAGCCAGAUUGAUCUAUAGAAUCAGUCUCCAAAAGGGCCUCCCAAACCAUCUCUUUGGCAACCAAGAUAAGGUGGAUCACCUUGUGACUCGGCUGGAGAAACAAGGUCUAUAUCAGACUGGACGCCUUCUGCGCUUCUUUCAGUAUCAUCAUCAGCCCCCCGAUCCCGAGGCCAUGCAUUGGUGUCAAGACCUGAUCGAGCACGAAAGAACCUGCAACAUCAUCGCCCAAUCGCUAGCCUUCUAUCAAUCGGCGCACAAGGCUCUCAACGAAGAUCGAAAUCCCGACAAACGUCGUCGCCUCGCAUCCGCCUUGGAGCAUGCAAGGGACAGCCUCGAGGAGCUCAAGAGUCUGUACCGGGAGGUUAAGGCCGAGCUAAUGACCCAUCUUGGCAACAUGCCUGGCGGCCCGUUCCGGAAGGCAUUUCUGGCUUGGAGAAAUGAAACAAACUGGCAUCUCUGCGAUUGGAUGCGUCAGGAUUGUGUUGCUCGAGGAGGCUGUUGUGCGAGGGAGUGUGGAUGUUGCGAGAAGCCUCGAGGCACUGGCGGAUACGGAUAUCCGAUCCAUGGACAUUGCACUUUGCUGUGUGCCUGUUGCGCACAAACAAAUGGACUACCCGUCAUGGAUGAGAAUGCGCAGUGUAAUGUUAAUCUGUGGGAGGAUAUUGAGAGGUUCAUGGUGGACCAGACAGAUAUGUACAGCCGUCGGGCAUACCGUGCAUACAUCUGGGGAGUGGAUGUCGUCAACGAGAUUGAGGACUGCGAUGUCUAUCUUAGACAACAUCCUAGAUCAUUGGUUUGA